GGAGACACUGACGAGGAUUAACCAAAGUGUGCCGGGAUAGUCUGGCUGCAGAUAUCCACGCUCAGAGCCCUCUGUGACGCUGACACCGUUAAACAACAGUUGAUGGCGAUAUUGGCUUGAGCGCCGCUGCUGUCUGUGAUGCCCUCCCAUGACGCCCAGGUCGGUAGCUGACACUGCCAGUGAGCGGGAGACGCCACUGCACACCCGGUCCUGGGCCGGCACCGUCAGCCGGUUCUCGCCCUCCAUCUUGCACACUGGAGACUCAAGCUCCCCCCGCCUAUCAGUAUCCACGGCCAUCAGCUCUGACCCUCCACAAUAAGGUCCGCUUCACACGCUGACAUCUUCAGCCAGCACCAGCAGCAGCAGCAACAGCCAAAAAAACUAAAACAGUAUCUUCAACGCAAUCAGCAACACCAGCAACGCCGUAACCACCAGCAGCCGCAGCAGCAGCCAUCAUGUCCAGUCGUAGAAAGUCGUCCACGCCUUGCAUGGUCCGGGUCGUCAGCGACCGGCCAGAAGACAAAGAAGACCCUGAGGAGGUAAAGGAUAUGGAGAUAACAGAAACAGAUGUGACAGAGAAAGAAGGAUCAGAAUCACCGGAAAUCACUGCAGAAAAGAGUCCAGAUCUCCAGCUGGAGAAUCCGCAGAAUCCAGACCAGCAGACAUUUCCAAAAACAAUGGAAAUCCAGACACCUGAGCCGUCAGAACAAGACGAUAAAGAGUUGGGUAAGGAAAACCAACUCCCUGUCAUUGAAGACGUAGAACCUGUAGAGGACAAGGAGGAAACGGACUCAGACCCGGCGUCCCAGCAGAAGCAGCCCAGAGGCUACGAGUGCAAAUACUGCCCGUUUUCAACGCAGAACCUGAAUGACUUCAAAGAGCACGUAGACUCAAGCCACCCCAACGUCAUUCUCAAUCCGUUGUACCUCUGCGCCGUCUGCAACUUCAACACCAAGAAGUUCGACUCGCUCACAGAGCACAACGAGAGCCAGCACCCAGGGGAGACGAACUUCAAGUUCAAGAGGAUAAAAAACAACAAUCAGACGAUCUUAGAGCAGACAAUCGGAGGCAAGGACAAUUCAGACGAAUGUGAAGAGACAAAUGAGCAGGGUGAAAGCACUUCAGUGUUUCCGCCCUGCAUAUCAACGACGGUGAAAAGCCCGGACAGCAUCCAGUCUUUCUAUCAAGGGAGCGAACUGAAAAGCCAGCUCGACGGCCUGAUCCAGAAGGAUCAAAUCACGGCCGUCAAUAUCAAUGGAACAGUCAUCAUCCCUGAACCCACCAUCCUGCAAGGGCUUUCCCAUGUCACCCCCAUGCUCCAGCGCCCGCCCAACUUCAACUCUGUACCAAAAAUAGCUGUUCCCUUGAACACCACCAAAUAUAACCCUUCCUUAGAUGACAACUUGACAUUGAUCACCUCCUUCAACAAGUUCCCUUACCCGACACAUGCAGAGCUGUCCUGGCUGACGGCGGCCUCCAAGCACCCGGAGGAACAGAUCAAGGUCUGGUUCACCACCCAGCGGCUGAAACAAGGAAUCACCUGGUCCCCUGAGGAGGUCGAAGAAGCCAGGAAGAAGAUGUUCAAUGGCUCCAUCCCUCCUGCUCACCACACAUUCACCGUCCUGCCUACCAGCCCCACCUCUAAGUCGUCUGCCAAGCAGCUAGUCGUCCACACGACAGUCGGACACUCAAGUCAUGUGCGGACAUCUUCAAAUGGAUUUGGUGGAAACGCUGGCACAAAUUCGCCGGCUGCAGUGAAACGGACACACUUGACGACAGUGUACGGCCCGGACGCAAAGAGGCCGAUCAUGGCAGUUGCACCCCACUCUGGGGACCCUAAAGACAAGAUCCUUAUGGCUCCUCCACCACCUCCCCCUCCCCAAAAAGACCGCCUCCCAAUGGCUCCACCUCCUGUUCCAAUGGAGAUGAAGAGACCUGUAGCAGUUCCCCUGGCCACCACAGAUAUGAAGAGGCCAUCCGCUACCGUGCCUUUAAUGCCACCGCCAUCGUCGUUGUCAUCACCAUCUUCUUUGUCUAAAGGGAAGAUUCACUCAUCGGUAGGAAGCCCAAAGACAAAGCCCCUGGUGUCUAUUCCCUCCAUCGUAUUCCCAGAGUCCUUAACAAGGCCAAUGAUAGCCCCCCCACCGAUCUUUGCACCUCCGUUUAAGAACUCUAUACUUGUCCCUUUAACUGCAACCAUACCCCCCAAAGAGAUCCACCAGAGUCCCCACCUGCCAGCUGCUGAUUCAAAGCUGCCAAACUCGCCUCCUCUUGUUACCCCACAGAUAAGGAGACCCACCAUCAUCCAGUCCAUCCGGGCCCCAGCUAAAGCCUCAUCACAGAUUCCAGGGUUCCCCCUGGAUAGCAAGAAACUGAAGGAGCAACAAGGAGUUGAGCUGAGAGCAAGCUUCCCCAGAGCAGACCGAGUACUCACUCCUCUGGCAGAGGCCAACGGGGCAACCCGUAUGGAUGGGAAAUGGUCCAACAGUCAGACCGGCCAUGGUCCCAACAAUGGAGUCACACAUCUAGACCCUGCAGAGCAGCAAGCGGCAUCAAAACUGGACUUUCAACAGAAGUCCUCUGUCCUGACUCAGUUUCCUUUACUGGAGAGAAUGAAAGGAAAGACCGCAGAUCAGCUGAAGAUCCUGGAGGAGAACUUCUUAAGGAACAGUUUCCCGACACACAGCGACGUGGACAAUCUGGCGACCACCACCCACCUGUCUCACCAGGAAAUCGACAGCUGGUUUGUGGAGCGCCGUGCGCUACGAGACAACCUUGAACAAGCCCUUCUCAACUCCAUGGGCACAAAGAGGAUGGGCCCCAGCGGCAUUCCUGCUAUGACUAAGAAACAACUUCUUCAGCAGCAACAGAACCUUCAGCUGAACGGGAUUCACAAACCCAGCAUCCCCGUGGGCCAUCUGAAGAGCCAGAUUCCACCAUCCCACUCUCUGCCCAUCAUCGCUCCUGGCACCAUUGCUCCCUCCAUUCCCAACCAGAACUCAUGCUUAGUGCCUCCUGACAGCCGAUCUCUGGCUCUCCUCAAGGACGAUUUUGCUCAAACACGGUGGCCUUCCCCUGAGGAGAUCAGCCAGCUGGAGGCUCGGACAGGGUUAGCUCGCGCCGAGCUCGCUCGCUGGUUCAAUGACAGCCGGCUGCAGAGCAGCAAUAUGGAGCUGACAGAACUUUUUCACAAGAACGGGGUUAAUGGAGGACAGGUGCAACCUGUGCACUCUCCAGAAAACGCUCCUCCCAGCAUCCUCCAGCGUUUUCAGGAAGGAGCGCUGACGAACAACAGCAGCAGUAAGGUGUUUGAGGUCGAGUAUGGAUGGCCAAUGGAGCAGCGAGCAAACAGUCUCAACAGUCCACAACAUGAUGAGCUCCAAGACCGGUUCGCUGGAAGGCUGAGGCAGCAGACGGCGGCGGAGCUGAAGAACGGGGGACAGAACGGGGGAGUGAUGGGAGGAGUGCGGGACGUGUUCGGGAGCUGGCUGGAGGACGGCCACAUGAGGAGAGGACGGGAGCUGCUGGUGGACCGGGAGAGGAAGAUGUCCGAGGACUCGUCUGGGAGGCUGACUGGAUAAACGGUGCGAACAGGAUUUGCCGCCAUGGCCGCGCCUGCUGCUGGAGAAAUGAGGUGGACGCAGAAUGGAGCAACAAAAAGAAGAGUUUUUUUUUAAUGAUCAGAUAUUGUAUUUUUUCUUUGUUUUUUUUUUUUUCUUUUUUUUUUUUACCGAUUUUUAUCUCUUGAUUGUCGCAGCCUGGAUCACGCACAGCAUCCUCCUCCGCCGGCCCCGUAAUCUCGUCAGAGUCUCGACCCGAAGUGACCCCUCCGGCUCACGGCCGCAAGAUGAGUUCAAACGAGACAGAGGCUCACAAAUUAAAUUCUGGAGGGUGCAGGGAGAAUUCAGGGCCUCGAUCUGUGAAGAUAAUUGAAAUUUCCCUCUCAUAUCGACCCUUUUUAUCCCCUUUAUUCACUUUAACAACAGCGCCACAAUACCACAGACAUCUUCACCUCGUAUUCGCAGAAUCAGACGUCAGAGAAGAAGCCGCAGCAGAGUUCCAGAAAUGUUGUAAUCAAUCCAAGUCUGGGAUUUAAGCUCUAAAAGUGUCCUCAGCUUCUUUUUAAACCCCCAAAACUCCUCAAGGCACCUUUUUGAGGUGAAUUAGCUGCACCUACAACAAUAAAGCAUGAUCAUGCAAGCCCUAAACUUUCCAAAAAACCACCUCACAUCUUUAUGGAAAGCUCUUUUUAACUGAGCUGGAUGCAAACAUGUCUUACUAAUGCAGCGAUUAGAAAAAAUAUAGCACUGCUCCUUUAAAAACCUCUUCAAGUUAAUGCAUUCAGAUUAGAUCCUUACUGUUCACUCUUUUAUCAGUAGAAAGCAGUAGAAAUGAGGACAAAUAUUCAUUUAUAACACCUUGGAGAUUAAAAAGAUUUGAGUGUUUGGCGUCUGAUUGCUUCUGCAGCUUUAAUGUGAGCGACAAGAGGAAAAUCAUGCAAGAGUUUGCCUGCAGUUUUUGAUAGAUGCAUUCCUCUCCUAUGCACACACUUUAUAAAAUAGAUGUUAUUUAUGAAGCUUAAGCACUUUUUGAUAUCAUCAAUCAAUUAAAAAUUGCUUUAUAAGUAUCAGAGAAUCCUGACAUCCUCAAGCCGUAUCAGUGAAAUAUUAGUGAUGAAAUCGUCUCAGUUUUUCUUGUAGAAAUGUUGCUUUUGAGGUGGAACCACACCUUAAACAUGCACCAUGUUUUCCACACGGUUUCCAUGUUUUUUAGGCCUUUAUUUGACGUGAAUUUUAAGUUUAUUCCUGCAGAAUUCGCCUCACCUGCUCCAUUAAAACUCUGCUUCUAUAACUUAUUAUGGAGAGCAUUAACAAGAACCAAAUCUCUUACUUGCAUCAUGUUUUUGUGCGUGGUUUCCCAUGUUUUCAGGGAAAUUUUAAAGUUAAUUUCUGCAGAAUUUAAAAACCCCACAUUACUUACAAACGCCCUCAUGAGCCUUUUAUUUCUGCCCAUUUUUAAGGGAGCGACAAAAUAAAUGCAGGCUUCUGCAGCUUUAAUGUGAGCCAAGAAAGGAAGUCAUGCAAGAGUUUGCCUGCAGUUUUUGAUAGAUGCAUUCCUCUCCUAUGCACACACUCUAUAAAAUAGAUGCUAUUUAUGAAGCUCAAGUACUUUUUGCUAUCAUCAGUCAAUCACAAAAAUGCUUUAAAAGUAUCGGAGAAUCCUGACAUCCUCAAGCAGUAUCAGUGAUGAUAGUCAUAUUCUUCAUAUGGUUUCAAUUUCUUUUAGGCCUUUAUUUAACGUGAUAAAAUCAAUGUGAAUCUUUUUAGGGAGCAUCAACAUGACAGGCAAAAGAAAAAUUGUACAAAAGUUUUCCUGUAAUUUCAUAGGGGUUUAUUGCUCUCCUUUGCAGGCAUUUUAUAAAACAGAGGUUCUUCAUUAAGCUUUAGUACUUUCUAAUAUUGACAAUCAGUGUUAAUUUGGUCGACUAAAACUAUGACUAAAAAUGUUGGUCUACAGCCUUUUUUUCCAUGACAAAAACUAGACUACCACUAAC